AGCAGCAUCUAUUUGCGCUGAGAGAAGUGGUUUGAGCUCUGCCGGCCGACUGUACAGAGAGCAGCGCGACUCUGUAAUCCCUCUGCCCCCCGUCUCCGCUGCCCCACCGCACGUGAAUCGUUUUGUGAAGAGGCGAGGACAGCCAUGGAAGAAGAGUCACAACUCACGUCAGUGGAGCAGGAAGAGGUCCACGUUAUACGUAUACACAAGGAGGAACUACUGGAGGACAUUCAGAAGCUGAAGAUGGAGAUUGCUCAGGUCAUCGCGGACCUAGAGAACUUCAAUCAAGCAGGGGAGAGCAAAAUUGCAGAAAGGAACAAACUGAUGGCUGUAGGCAGGAAGAAAUUCAACAUGGAUCCGAAAAAGGGAAUAGAUUACCUGAUACAGAACAAGAUGCUGUGUCAGAAUGAAGAGGACAUUGCCAAGUUCCUGUACAAGGGGGAAGGUUUACACAAAACCCCAAUCGGAGACUACCUUGGAGGGAGAGAAACGUUAAACCUCAGGAUCCUCCAAUCCUUCGUGGAACAGCAUGAGUUUUCCGACCUAAACCUGGUGCAAGCGCUAAGGCAGUUCCUGUGGAGUUUUCGGUUACCGGGAGAGGCGCAGAAGAUUGACAGGAUGAUGGAAGCCUUUGCCACUCGAUACUGUCAGUGUAACCAGGAGGUGUUUCAGUCAACCGACACCUGCUAUGUGCUGUCGUUUGCCAUCAUCAUGUUGAACACAAGUCUACACAACCCCAACGUGAAGGAGAAGCCGGCACUGGAGCGCUUUGUGGCCAUGAACCGAGGGAUCAACAACGGCGGGGACCUUCCGCAGGAGCUACUCAAGAACCUGUAUGAGAGCAUCAAGAAUGAGCCCUUCAAGAUCCCCGAAGACGAUGGCAACGAUCUAACGCACACGUUCUUCAAUCCUGACCGAGAAGGUUGGCUUUCCAAACUGGGCGGGCGUGUGAAAACAUGGAAACGGCGCUGGUUCAUUUUGACCGACAACUGCUUGUAUUAUUUUGAGCACACAACAGACAAGGAACCUAGAGGAAUUAUUCCAUUGGAAAACCUGAGUGUCAAAGCAGCGGAAGACUCACGAAAAUUGAAUUGUUUUGAUCUGUAUUCGCCCAACAGUAAAGGCCACACCAUCAAAGCCUGCAAGACGGACACGGAUGGGCGGGUCGUCGAAGGCAACCACCAUUUCUACAGAAUAUCUGCACCUUCCAAGGAAGAAAGGGAUACAUGGAUCAAAUCAAUCAGAGCGAGUAUUACGAAAGAUCCUUUUUAUGACAUGGUGGCAGCAAGGAAACGGAAACUAACCAGCAACAAAUUGAACUAGGAAGACCUUCUCUGUCUUACCUCUGAACUGCUAAAUAAGACGGUGAAGUAGGUUUCACUAUGACAUUUAUUGCACGUACUACCUCCAGCAGUGUUGGACUCUGCCUGUUUCCACUCGGGUUGCCGUCCGCACCUGUUCCUGAAGUGGGAAUUCCAGGAAUUGGGAAAAUGCAACCCCAACGUGUCCAUCUGAGCUGCUCCCAUUUGGUGGAGUCAUAGAAGCAUCCUGGAUUGCCAUCUGCAGAGAAUUCAAGUUCCUUUCACAAUCAAGUGGCGUCCAUCCAAAUAUUGGGACUACAAUAUCAGUGGUGAAUCUGUCGAAUUCACCGCCAUCGACGGGACUUGCAGUCCGAGCCAAUGGAUAUUAUUACGGCGGAGUUUGAUUCUAGAUUAGCACGGGUGUCUGGGGUUAUGAUGAGCGGGAAAGAUAGAUCAACCACGAUAGAAUGGCAGAGUAGACUUGAUGGGCCGAAUGGUCCAAUUCUGUGCCUAGAACUUAUGAACAU